AUGUCCCUUAUAUUCAGCUGCGGAUUUGCCAGGGUUGCUGUGAAAGAAAGUUUCCAUAAAGCUGGAAGAGCACAGCAGGAAACUGACCCGGUUCAGAGAUGGAAAAAUUACUGUAACAUGUUUGAUGAAACAGCUCGAUCUAUAUUCACUGUUGAGAAGACCAUGUACAUGAAGAAAUCACGAAUAAUCUACAAUCUAUUCCGCAAAAUGUCCUCCCAAAGCAGGAACGAUUACCUAAAGCAUUUUUCCCUUUCGAACUGGAAGGUUCUACCGGCAUCACAAAAAUCUCAGCAUACGAUGUCUAACUGUAGUGCUUGUCAAGUGCAUCAUUUUGAUUUUCAGUCUCUGUUUCCAACUACUACAGCAGGCAAAUGCAAGCCACAGACGCUAAUUCGACAAGCCUUAAUGGGAAGCGAAAACAAGGGCAACAAGACGAUUAAGCCUACACAGAAAGCAAUAAAAGCAGCGGUAAAACACAUUUAUUCAAAAAUCGACGCUCCCUUUCAAAAAGUUUUCAAAGUUAGUUUUGCUGAAGCCCAAACUAAAGUUGCUGAGCUGGAUCUACAAACAAAAAAAAGCAGAACUGAAAAGAAACGCGAACGCAGACAGAGGGCACGUCAGGAGAAGCAAAAAGUUCAGGAGGAAUGGUCGAAACGUGAUGCAGACACGAUGCUUGCGACAAGGCAGUCCUUCAGUCAGAGGGCCAAAGAACGAAGCUCGUUGUAUUUCGAGUCUUUCAAGGAAGCCGCUGCCCGGGUCGAAAAACGGAAGAGGAUGGAAGAUCUUGGGCAAAGAAAGCGUAAACGUCACUCUCCACAACCAAACCAGAUUGAGUUUGACAAAGAAAACCUCCUGAAAGAAGUAAAAAACAUGAAGGAUAAUGAAAAGGUGAAGAAACAUACAGUUCACAGGGGAUAUCAAUUUUCUAAUGCACAAUUAAAAACAAUAAUAAUAAUAAAGAGAGACGUGUAAGAUACCCUAUUCAGGACACAUGAUAAACUUUUGAAGAUAUUUUUUUAAAAAAACAUUCAAUCCUCCACAUGAUGCCAAUGACAUAAUUUGUCAUUGCUUUCAACAAUGCACUGUGCAUCGACACUGUCACACUGAAUUUCUUUAAUCUGGGAUUCCCCUCUCAGUUAAUUUGCUAUCAGGGCCACUUUGACAAGGGAAACCAUAAGUGCAACUUUUAUCAUGUCAAAUACUCCAAGUUAAAAAAAUAGUAAAUCCUCAAAACGUUGCAACUAUAGGAGCAACUGUCCCUGAUAAAGUACCCUCAGUUGAAACUAUUGUACAAAUAUUAUAUUAUUUACCAUCAAAAAAGUUCUUUUUAUAAAAUCAAGUCAAUUUAACACCUGAUUUUAUAUUGCAUGCACCUAGAUUAAUUAUUCAGACCUUGCAAGAAGAUACGGUCUCACAGAUACAAGGUUGGGCAACGUGGUGGUCAAGGAAUAUCUUGAGAGCCAGGGAGUCGAUCUAGAACGAUUUCAAGCAUUACAUCACAGCAAACGAAAUCCAAGGCGGCAACUGAUCAGAAUGGCUGGAGGAGAGAUAACUGUGCCUGUCCCAAGAACAAAUAAAGAUAUUAAGGAAACUCUAAAGGUUUGUUCCAAACUCAAACACCACCACCACCAAUAGUCAAUAAAACACCAAAAUACAAAACAAUAAAUUAUUUGGCAAAAGCAAACAGCAAUAAAACAAUAAAGUUAGGUAGCUGGUUGUAUAAAGUAAAGAGAAAACAAAGUAAAGAAAAACCAUUGUUUUUCAUGCUCAUGCCUCCAUAAAACUUCCUGAAACAGAUUCCAACAGGGUUCUUUUCGCAACUAAUCCAUUUAAUUCACUCAACUUGCUGAAAAGAGUACAAAGCAGAGACAACUGACAAGUGUGCUUACUGACAGCUAAGGGGUAAUCCCUUUUUUUUUCAGUAUUCAUAUUAACCACAAAAAUUUCUAUACCAUGCUGACUAUAACCAACCUUAACUUACAACUAUGUGAAAGUACAAUGAUUUUAAAAUCAAUUUUAGGUGAAACUUGAAGCAGGAGAAUACACCAUUGGUGAGCUUGUGGUUCCAAAACAGUUCAAGAAGUUAGUCCUUACCAGCGAAGGAACAUUAAAGGAGGUUGAGUUUACAGUUUCUGGAAGGAAGAUACCCUUAACAGAAAUAAGAAAAAGAGAACUAAACAGAUGUGAGCAACUUGGAGUGGUUCGAGACCAUACCAAUGAUGACUAUGCACAAAUGAGUGAUAAUCAGAUAUCUCAGCGGCUAAGAGUGCUUGGAGAUGAGGGCCAUCUCAGGGAUACUCCAGGUCAAAGAAGAGAACGACUUAUAAAAUUUGAAAGAACUAGACAUCUGAUGAUAUGGGAGGAUGGCUCAACAAUUCUAAACCAUGGCCAUCUCCUGUAUCUUAUUCAGUGUCUUUAUGAUCCGGCAUUUUACUAUUCCUCUGCAGAAAUGAGAGAAAAAGGGUACGGUGACAUUGAUGUCCCAGCACUGGUAGAAAGGCCUCACAUAUACAUCCUUGGAAGGUGCACUGCAAAGGAAGUAGAUCAGUUGGCCUAUGUUGACACAAGGCGAGAAUGUUUAGAGCAGCUACAAAACAACUUAACUACAAGGAAGGGAUCACCUGUACAUGAUGUGAUGCGUUUCUUUCACGGUGAUGGACCAGAGCAGCAAUUUGAAAGUGGAGAGCAAAGAGGAGGGAACAAUGGCUGUAGUUCUUGUAGUGGUGAUUCCCGCAGAUACAGAGACCUGACAUAUAGCUUAAGGAACCCACAUCUGUCCCUAGAAGACCGAUGCAGUAUAGUGCGCUCAGGACCAGCUGGAAGAAGUAGAAGAAAAGGAGGGAUCAGGCCCUUUAAGGAUAUGACAGUGGAGGAGUUGAGAAAUGAGUGUGUAGCAAGGGGAUUAAAAGAGGAAAGAUUGAAGAAAAAUUUACAGACAAGCCUGAAAGAGCACCUGAAGGGUGUGCAAAGAGUGCCAGCUUUGCUAAUCAAUGAGAAGGAUAAGAACAUGCAUGAUAUCAACUUGGGUAAAGAAUAAUAUUUUUGCUACUAUCACAAUGUUCUAAAACAAUGACAUUUCAACAGUGAAGUUCAACAAUUAGCUUCCCUGCAACAUUUUGCCAUAUCUCUACAUCUCAGUCUGAAAACUGUGCCUUCUUAAGAAUGGUUCAAUUCGUUCAAUCAAAAUUGCCAUUUUUUUUAUUUCAAAAAAAUUUCAUCAGAAAAGAAAACAAAUUCUUUCGCGUUUAAUUUGCCAGUUGUUGUUUUUUUGCACAUCGUUAUGAAAUUUUGACCAAAUACUUUGUCCCAAUAUUACUAUAUGUCUUUCAGUAACUAUUCAUCAUCAUUAUUUUUUUUUGUCUGUCUUCAAUUUUUUCUUUUCAGGUAUGUAUGAAGUUCUUCCAACAGAGCCACUACAUGACAUGAAAGAACACAUCUGCAAUGUGGUAUCUGAAUUAAAGCACCACCUUUCUCAAGAAGAGAAACAACUAUGCGAAAAGACCAUCGAGCUGGUAGCACAAACUAAAGAGCAACUUUGAGGUUCUGACUAUCGAGAGAUGGCUAUUGUGCUUUCCAAACAACUGAGAGGUUUGCAACAACUUUAUUGUACAUGGAUAUAAUAUUUUAUUCUAAUGUAGUCUUUCUCAACACAGCCAUCUACUGUUAUGAACAGGUACACACAUGCAUGUAGAGAAGAAAAUUAUUUUCAAAAUAAAAUUUACUCUUUUUUCCCUUUUCCUUCUUUAAUUUGUACUUUUGUUAUCACUUUAAUGUAAAUAUGUAAUGAAUAGUACUGUUUGUGAAGUUCUUAAUGAAGGUUAUUUAAAAAAAAAAUUCAAAAUAAAAAAAUUAACAAUGUCAUGCAGUCAUUAUUAUCAUGAUUAUAAUAUUAUCAUCAUUUUCAGAGAGCUUGUGACAAAUAUAACAAACUUUUAGAACAGAAAAUACUUACAUUAAUACAGUGACUUUCCUGAUCCUCUCACUGAAUAACAAGUUGAAAAGAGAAAAAAAUAUAUUAUGAAUUGAAAAUUCAUUAGGCAGUAUCAAAAGUAAGUAAAAAAGAAAAAUGAUUUAAUUAUAUCCAUAUAAAGUAUAUAAAUAAAAAGGCUAUCAAGUAACCCUAGCACCAUAAUGAUGUCUACAUAAUCAUAUAUUCAUUAUUCAACAGGAUUUGUGAGUGAUAAGGUGCAGACCCUUCUUGACACCAUGACAGAAAUAUCAAGCAUUCUAUAUUCAAGGCCAGAGAAGCGCUGUCAAAAAAGCAUUUUAAGACUCCACAAUCAGACCUUUCUUCAUGCCAUUGCCUGUGAGGAGGUCAUUGGGAGGCCAAAUUUGGAAGGAGUGCAUAACCAAUGA